AUGCAGAAGACCUGCAACCACCCAGUAUUCCCCAGCCUGCGCCAGAAGCUGACCGCGGCUCGGAUGCUCGACUGUCCAAAGUGCGUGGUCCGCCAGCACGUCGCGGGCAUCGUCGAGAUCCAAGCCGCGCUGGAGCGUCGCGGCGGCAUCUUCGCGUCCAGGGCCAAGGCAAUGGCUGGGGAUGACCUGAGUGGGAGGCAGGAGCGAGCCGUCCACCGGUCGCUCACGCGCCGGUGGCGGCUUGCAAAGAUUGACUUGCACCGCGACUUGGAGCUGCUGAGAAGGCUCCGCGGUGAGGGCGAUGACGAGAGGCGCUGGGGACUCCAGCUGGGUCUGGCUUUUGCGCUGUGGCGGGAGGUGGAGGGUGAGUGCAGUCGGAUCCCGGGGUACAAGUACCUCGGGGACGACGAGCAGCCCGUGGAGGCAGUCAGGUCGGGCGUCGAGGGGGUGAACGAAGCUCAAGGCCCAGGAAUCACUCCGAGGCCGACAGACCGUCCACAUUCAACACCACCUCGCUCGCGCUGGGACACGACGACUCGAGACGACCUGCCCCGCCGAGCCGACACAGAUGGAUCCUCCAACACCCUCAACCCUCCUCCAUCCCCUCCUCCCUCGCCACCUGGAGCCACCCAGCCUGCGCCCUCAACACCACCACCACCACCACCACCACCACCCGCCCUCCAGCGCCCGCCCCCACCAUCCUCCCUCAAGCGCCGACGAACCUCUCCCUCCCCACCGCCUCCCUCCAAGACCGCUCGCCAUGACGAGCGCGUCACCUUCAUCAACACUGCCUCCUCCCUCGCCGAUCCCUCCGACUCCCCGCCCGCCUACCCCUCCUACAAGCGCGCUCACCGAUGGUACACGAGCGCGGAGUUCGCACGUGACCAGAGCGCAUAUGAUCGCGGGUCGGGGGCGUAUCGGCCGGGGACGUGGGCUGUUGAGGAUGACGAAGAGGAGGGGGAGGAGAGUGAAGAGGAGAGCGACAGGGAGGAGGCGGAUGAGGGUGCAUAGACUGAAGACCAUCGGCGCACAGGGACGUGAGAUGGCUACAAGAAAUGGGUGAAGGGAUGUUAUACCAGGAAGACGAUUCAUUACGGCGACAGACCUCCACUCAGUCCUUGACGCCCUCAAUCAAGUUCUUGAUCCCCUCCCCUCUCGCCGUCUUCUCCCACGCCUCCGUCGCAUCCUCAAACGGCGUCACCGAGCUAAUCAACGGCUUGACCUGAAUCAGCCCCUUCGCGAUGAACUUCAGCGCCAAC